AUGGGUACCCGAGACAAAUGUAAAUGUAAAAACACUACUAAUAAAGACUGUCAGCAAUGUAAACUGUGUGAAUUGAUUUAUCACGAACUUUGUUCAGGUUUGCGAUGUGCUCAAUGUGGAGAAUCAUUUCGUUACAAAUGUUUGUCGAUGACAAGUGAAGAUUAUGACUUCAUAAAGAAAUGUCGCAACUUAAUCUUUAAAUGUGAUAAUUGCAUUGAUUCCUUGCCAUCCGUAGAGCAACUGGUAAAGAAUUUUGAUGAAAAUAAUAAAGUUUUGCUUAAAGAGAUAAGUAAAUUACAUAAAAUGAAAGAAAGCAUGAAGUCCGAAAUUAAUGAUUUCAAAGUGAAACUUGUUGCUGAAGAUAAUAAUGAAUUGCGUACGUUAGAAAAAUCAAGAGUAGAAUUAUGCGAUGAAAUGAAAAAUUUCAAAACUGAAUUAAAAUCUUCCUGGUCUGAGGUCGUCAGUCGUGAAGUGAAAAAAAACAUCGAUGUAAUAAAUAUCGAGGUAAAGAAAAAUGUUGAUGUGAUAAAUACAGAGGUUAAAUGUUUGCAAGAAACAUUAAACGAAUCGGCUGAACAAAAGGAACGCGAGAAUAAUAUGAUGAUCUUCCGCUUGAAAGAAAGUGAUGCUGACAAAAAACACGUUUUGAAGAUCCUUAACCACCUUUCUGACGGUGUUAUAACUGACAAGAAUGUCAUAAAAUUAAUAAGAAUUGGUAAAAGAAGUGAACAUGUCAUUAGACCAAUAUUGCUAAAAUUUGAUGAUUUAAGACUCAAGGAUUUACUUUUUAAAAAUAUAGGUAAAAUGAAAACAAUUGGUGAUGAUCUCGCACAGGUAAGGUUAAGUCAUGAUCUUACCAGAGAACAAAGAAAUCAAUUAAAAAAAUUCCUUGAGGAGGCUCAGAAAAAGACUGUUGAUAGUAAAGGGGAUUUUUUGUUCAAAGUUCGAGGAGAUGUGGGAAAGUGGCGGGUUGUGAAAAUACCAGCUGGAAAGAUAUAG